AGAUCCCGGAAGUAGGCUACGCAAAACCAACUUCAGUUUUCUACUUCGGGAAGUUCGGCGGGCAACUAUUUACAACAACAAAAGUGGAGUUUUAGAGUCGAAACUUUCCAGAUGGGCACCACGGCAAGUCAACUCGGGAAGGAUUUGCUCUCAGAGUAUCAAGAGCUGACGUUCUUGACAAAACAAGAAAUCCUUCUUGCUCACAAGAGAUUCACCGAAUUGCUCACAAAAGAGGAGAAAGACUGUCCAAACACCAGAGUACCAAUGGAGAGGCUUCUCACUCUACCAGAGCUCAAGUCCAACCCUUUCCAGAAAAGAAUCUGCCAUGUAUUCUCAACAUCUGAACAGAAAGAUGGAAGCCUCACAUUUGAGGACUUCCUGGAUCUCUUGAGUGCCUUCAGCGACUCCGCUACUCUGGAGAUAAAGUCCCACUAUGCCUUCCGCAUAUUUGACUUUGACGACGAUGGAACUCUCGAUUGCGGCGAUCUCGAGAAGCUGGUUAACCACCUGACCGGCGAGACAGAAGACACUAGACUAACAACAGAAGAAAUGAGACAGCUCAUCAACAAUAUUCUUGAGGAGUCGGACAUUGAUAAGGAUGGAACCGUGAACCUCUCAGAGUUUCAGCAUGUCAUUUCAAGAUCGCCAGAUUUCGUCAGUUCUUUCAAGAUUGUGCUGUGAAGACCUUUAGUGGGCUGUGGAAAUGCACCACUCUUUAAUUCCCAUAUUGUGUUUAAUUUUCAUUUAGAACAAUUUUAGAUAUUUGCCUUAAAUUAUAUUAACCUAUGGAUUUUACCGCCUUAACUGUUUUAUGUACCGUUUGUGAAAUACAAAAUCUGAUAUUUUUAUUUCUAUACAGAAAAUUAAAAAUAUUUACUACUCAAA